AUGCUAAUUCAUCACUAUUUUAGACGCGUACUUGGGCAAGGCGCCUUCGGUAUGGUUUAUCUCGGUACCGCAGACUCGAUCGAUGGUAGAUCAGGGGAGAUCACAGUGGCAAUUAAGCAGCUGAAACAUAACGCAGAUGAAGAAGAGCGGAAAGAGUUUUUGAUAGAGAUCGACAUGAUGAAAAGGAUCGGUCACCAUCCGAACAUUGUCGAGAUGUACGGUUGUUGUACAAUUCAGUGCCCGAGUUGCAUGGUCAUGGAGUACGUGCCUUACGGAGACCUGCAGAGGUAUCUACAAAACGUCCGCAAAGAGAUGACGUACUCAUUGGAUCCAUUGGAACUGCAAAAUUUUGCACUGCAGGUGGCCGGGGGAAUGUCGCAUCUCGAAUCACUGGGCAUCACUCAUCGCGAUCUAGCAGCUAGGAACAUACUAGUGGGACAUGGAAAGUGCCUUAAAAUUUCCGACUUCGGUCUGUCUCGAACAGGCGUCUACGUAAAAACCACAUCUGGCAGAAUACCUCUUCGCUGGCUGUCCAUCGAGGCGAUCAGAGAUCACGUAUACAGUACUGCCAGCGAUGUAUGGGCGUACGGAGUGGUGCUGUGGGAGAUCUGUACACUUGGAGGAUUCCCAUACUCUCAUAUUGAUGACAAAGAUAUGCUACGGUACUUGCUGGCAGGUUAUCGUCUGGAGAAACCUCCGCCUUGCAGCGACGUCAUAUAUGAUUUGAUGGCGCGGUGCUGGAAUUACGACCCAUGUCAAAGGCCUAGUUUUGUGCAGAUCUACCAGGAAUUGGUGGACCUAAGCAAAGGAAACAAUUUGUACGUCGAGUUCGACGACGAUGUCAAUACAACCCUACCCCCGGGAACGUACUGCCGACUGGCACCAGAUUCCAAAAUUGACUCUAUUUACUGUAUGUGCUGUAAUCAACGAGCGGUCUCCUCAGUGUAA